AUGUUUAGCCUUCUUCAUUUGGGAAAAGGAACAAUCGAGUACAAUGAAGACAUUAGUAAAUCUGGACACAUUUGUGUGAGUUGGAAUGGUGAUCCACGAGCUUUGGUGAAUAGCUGGAUUCAGCUUAGGAUUCCUCUAAGCUUGAGAGAUAGAGACGAUGAGUUUCUCAUAUUCUUGGUGAAAAAUCAUAUCAGGCCGAUACACAUUUUAGAAAGUUUUAGUUACCGGAUUAAAUGA